AUGCCUCGGGGUCAGAAGAGUAAGCUCCGUGCCCGUGAGAAACGCCGCCAGGCCAGAAAAGACAGCCAGGGUCUGGUAGGUGCUUGGGCCACUGCAGCAUCAGAAGAGGAGAUCUCCUCCUCUUCUUUGCUUUAUUUCAAGGGUAUUCCCCAGAGCUUACCUGCUGCUAGGACAGGCAGUAUACCUCAGGAGCCUCACAGAGCCCCAUCCACCAGCACUCCUGCUGUGGCUGUUUCAUACCCAAUAGCUGAUGAAUAUGACAACAACCAAGAUGAGGAAAGUACAAUCUUCUCACAAACCCAGCUUCCCUCUGAGAACUUGUACAGGGGCCCUGUGGAUAAGAAGGUGAUCGUCUUGGUGCAUUACCUGCUGCACAAGUAUCAAAUGAAAGAGCCCAUUUCAAAGGCAGAAAUGCUGAGAAAUGCAAUCCAAAUGUAUAAGAACCGUUACCUUGAGAUCCUCAGCAAAGCUUCUGAACACCUGGAGCUUGUCUUUGGCCUUGACUUGAAGGAAGUAGAUCCCAACAGGCACAUCUAUGUCCUCAUCAACAAACUAGAAUUAAGCUGCACUGGGAAGCUGGGUGAUGACAGAGGCUUUCCCAAGACCGGCCUGCUGAUGACAAUCCUGGGCGUGAUCUUCACAAAGGGCAACUGUGCCACUGAAGAAGAGAUCUGGGAAGUACUUAAUGUGAUGGGAAUAUAUGCUGGAAAGAACCACAUCGUCUUCGGGGAGCCCAAGAAGCUCAUCACCAAAGAUUUGGUGAAGGAAAGGUACCUGGAGUACCAGCAGGUGCCCAAUAGCAAUCCUCCUUGCUAUGAAUUCCUGUGGGGUCCAAGAGCCUACAUUGAAACCAGCAAGAUGAAAGUAUUAGAGUUUUUGGCCAAAGUCCAUGAUACCGUUCCCAGUGCCUUCCCAUUCUGGUAUGAAGAGGCUCUGAGAGAUGAGGAAGAAAGAGCCCAAGCCAGAGUUGCAGCCAGGGCUCGUACCACUGCUAUGGCCAGUGCACGUUCCAGGGCCACGCCCAGCAGCUGCUCCUGCUCCAAGGGAAGUGAGCUAGAUUCUUCAUAUUGGGUUUGA